CCAUAGACACACAUUUAUCACCAACUUGUCUUCUGUCAUCAGGUGAUUGGAAUUGGGAGUAAAAAUCCUGAAUAGGGAUAAAACGCCAAUAUUUUCCUAAAUCAAUAUGUCUGGAAAAGAUAAAUUAGCGAUUUUCCCGUCUCGGGGGGCUCAAAUGUUAAUAAAAGCCCGUCUGGCUGGAGCACAGAAAGGCCAUGGUCUCUUGAAAAAGAAAGCAGAUGCUUUACAAGUUAGGUUCCGUAUGAUCCUGGGAAAAAUUAUUGAGACUAAAACCCUUAUGGGUGAAGUAAUGAAAGAGGCUGCAUUUUCAUUGGCAGAGGCUAAGUUCACUACAGGAGAUUUUAAUCAAGUUGUGUUGCAAAACGUUACUAAGGCUCAAAUUAAGAUCCGAUCCAAGAAAGACAAUGUUGCUGGUGUCACCCUCCCAAUCUUUGAGUCAUACCAAGAUGGUUCGGAUACAUAUGAGUUGGCUGGUCUUGCCCGAGGUGGCCAGCAGCUCACCAAGCUGAAGAAGAACUUCCAGAGCGCAGUAAAACUGCUCGUCGAAUUGGCGUCCCUGCAGACGUCUUUCGUAACUCUGGAUGAGGUUAUCAAGGUCACCAAUAGGCGUGUUAAUGCUAUUGAGCAUGUUAUUAUCCCCCGGCUGGAGCGUACACUUGCGUAUAUUAUCUCCGAACUGGACGAGUUGGAACGUGAGGAGUUCUACCGGCUCAAGAAGAUUCAGGACAAGAAGAAGAUUAUUAAAGAUAAGGCGGAAGCUAAAAAAGCUGCAAUGCUCCUGGCUAGCAGAGAUGUGCGCGACAACAUCGCGAACUUACUCGACGAGGGAGACGAAGACUUGCUCUUCUAAAUUCCAUUUAGAAUCCUUCUAUUUAACCUUUUGUAGUGCAAGCAGUCAAAUUGGAGCCAAUCUUUGUAAUCCCAACCUUUAUAUAUUUUUAUUUAUAUGAUUUUUUAAUAGUUUUGUGCAUUUGGUGCAAAUUUUUUUUUUCUACACACUUUCAAUCGUCGCACACAUUUAUAUUAUUAUUUUACAGUAUUAUUUUUAUCUUUAUAAAAUAACUUUUGAUUAUAUUCUUAUUGUUAUAUAUAAUAAGGAAAAUUUUAUUGGAUUUUUUAAUAAGUUUAAUCCAAUAUUAAAUCAUAAAACUACACCAGUAUAAAGGCUUUCCGGUUUGACUGAAUAAAGAAAUAAAAUGAUAUUACAGUGUUCAUAGCUCUGUACAUAUAAUGUUGUCGUUGUUGUUCGCUUGAAAAUAUAAUUUAUCACCUCGUGCUAUGGUUUAAAAUCUGACGGUACGUAAAAUUGGCUGUUCGUGCAUAAAUGUAGAUUCUUGUAUGUAAGCAUUCCAGCAGUUUUUUUUAGUGGAUAAAUUUUAAGUUUUAUUUGUCAAGCUACGAUAGAAAUGAUAACAUUAAUUUGUUAUCUGGAACCAUUUGUUAUCUGUGUCACAUGAAUUUAUAUUAUCUGUAACAUCCGUAGUUUCAAAUAAAACGAUGAUCGGGCCAAAGACCGCGUAAGCUUCAACUUAAUGCUUAUUGAGCAUAAAUCUGUUUAAGUACACCCGAAAUAUUUAUGGUUUUUAAAUUGUUGUUUGAUAAUAGAUCAGUAUAUUAUAAGUAAUCAUGUAAAUACAAGUUGGUGAAAUAUUAAAUAUUAUUAUUGAGA